CCACUCCACGAUCCAGUCCAAUUCAGCUUAUUAUUCAUUCUAGUUCAAUUGCCAGUCCAGUCUUUGCUUAGUAACACCUCUCUCAUAAAGAGAUAAGUCAGACGCAAUAUUAUCACUGAUUUGUCAACGAAUUGUCAGCUUUUAUAAUAUAAAAAACGUUAUCGUCGUUAGAUUGAUCCACUUCUAUUACAGUAACACACAAAUUGUCAAGUGCAAUGCCAUUGCUUAUCGAAGCAAUCAGGCAAAAUAGAUGCAAAAAGAUUCUACUUGCUUUACAGUUACGCUGGGAUCUUAAUGAGAGGGAUCCAGAGCAAUUGAGAACACCUUUAAUAGAAUUAACAUUUCUUGAAAAAGAAGCUAUAGCGGCACGUUUGUGUAAACGUUUUCUACUCGCCGGUGCAAGACCGGAUCUGAAAGAUAUAAGUGGAAGGAAUGCGCUUCAUUGGGCUUGCGUAAAAGGUCGAGAGAAACUUGUAGAGAUUUUAGUAAAUAACUGGGAAGAAUAUGAUAUAAAUGCACAAGAUUAUCAGGGCAACACGGCUCUUUCUUUGGCUGUGAUAUCAAGCAAUGAAAAUAUUGUAAGAAAAUUGAUUACAUUUCUGAUUCGGUACAGAUUGAGCGUGGAUGUGCUCAAUAAUAAUGGAGAAACUCCUUUGAUUCUCGCCAGUAAAUCUCGGAGUUAUUUUCUUUGCGAGGUACUUACAAAGGUUGGUCGAGCAUCAACAGAAAUGAGAGACAAGACAAAACAACUUAAUGCUAAAGAAUGGGAAUCCUUGACAGAACCAGUCAAACUACCUGUCAGCGCAAGAAGUAAUAGAAAUAUUAACCCAGAAGCACGAGAGCGUUUCCCAAAAAAGAUGUCAAGACAUCCACAGUCAGUAGGAAGUAACUGCAAAAGUGAAAUUCGUAGAAUAUUCGGUCUAUAUUACAGUGAACUGAGCUCAUCAUUUCGCCAACCUGCCAUUCCACCGCCCAAAGAAGAAAAAAGUGAUUUUUCAGAUUUACCAACUUGUUACGAAAAUGAAGAUGAUUAUUCAGAAUUUUCAGUUGGGGAUUUAGCGAUUUGUCCUGUGACAACAAAAAGUAGUAGAAAACGGCUUUCAAUCUCUAAGGUGGCUCAAGUUCCGAUAACUAUUAACAGGAUGCGCAAAACUAAGAAGACAGAAGUAGAGAGAGGUCAAAAUUCAUGGGCGGGCAGACAAGAACAGGGCAGAUUAAAUUCAAGAAGAUCAAUUAUACCUAAAUUAGAAGUUAAUACAAUUGUUCCAGUUGUGAAAAGAAACUCAUGUCCCAUUUUACGACGCAGACGGACAAUAAAUAGCAAAGAUGAAACGGCAACGUUUAGACUAGAAUCUUUGAGUGAAGAUAUUGAACAAGAAUAAUUAACUAGAAGCGGGGUAGGAGAGAUGGUAAUAUGCAAUCCCCUUCGG